GUACUCACUGAGCUUGAGCGUUCAGUUUCACUUUAUCUGCGCCAACAUGGCUGAUGAAACGGCCAAAGCGCAGGCUGCCCAGCCGGGCGGGGACACAAUAUUCGGGAAAAUCGUACGCAAAGAGAUCCCUGCCAACUUUAUGUAUGAGGAUGACCAGUGUGUAGCCUUCCCUGAUAUUUCUCCUCAAGCUCCCACUCACAUCCUCGUCGUCCCAAAGAAGCCAAUUGUUCAGCUGUCACAAGCAGAGGAUAGUGAUGCUGCCUUGUUGGGCCACUUGUUGAUAGUUGCAAAGAAGUGUGCUCAACAGGCGGGCCUGUCUAACGGCUACAGGAUUGUCAUCAAUGAUGGGCCACAUGGAGGCCAGUCUGUCUACCACAUCCACAUCCACGUUCUGGGCGGGCGCGUGAUGGAGUGGCCCCCCGGUUAACCCAUCCCAAUCCCAUUACAGGCCAUCUUGCCAUCAUGAUUCACGUGUUGUCUGACAACCUGUUCUGAUAAACUUGGACUUAAACCGUUUGUCAUGUGAAAUAAGAGUCACACAAAACCUGGGAAUUCACCAAUGGUAAUAAAAUGCACUUCACAACA